UAGACGAGUUCGCUAAAGCUUAUCGGGACAUGCAGGACAUGAAAGAUUGCUAUGAUAGCUUACUUUCUGCUGCGUCCGCGACUGCCAAUUGUGCCUAUGGUACUUCUUUCUUCUUCUUCUUCUUCUUUUAUUCCUUCUCCACUGAUGUCUCUAUCAAUUUAUAAAAGGCGCACGAGGUUUGCUAUUCUUUUAUUGUCCGAGUAUUUACAGCCUUACUAGCCUUAUCAUUUGAUUGUUAGUCUACUAGGGCAGUUCGCAUUUCCCCAUCAAGUUGUCUUUUCGGUUAAUAAAUGAAGGGUAAAAAUCAUUUUCAUUCACUGCAAUUUUCUUUUCUUCUUCCUCUUCUUCUUCUUCUUCUUUUGGGAAUUUGAAGUGCAACUAAUAAUGAUAAAGUUUUGGUGGAAAGUCCGUUAUUGAAAGGAGAAGGUGCAAUUAGAAUGAAGUCCAUAUACUUGAAAAAUGAAGCUAGAAGUUUUUUAAAGGCAAUGUGCUGGCUAUAAUAGCAACGUUAUUCUGUGAUUGAAGAAGCCCACCCCCCUGUCAUCAACUAACAUCCAAGGGCAACAUUGCAAAAGCGAAUUAUUAUGGUUUACAGCACAAAACAUUUAGAAAUGGGAUGGAGUUGCCUUCUCCUUAAGUAAAGCCUUAGUAGUUGUGAUUUAAAUAUCGUAUUGGUUCUGUUUUGGUAGCACUGGAUAUGGAGUUAUUUAUAUCAUAUGAACCACAUUUACAUCAUGCGAGGAAUACACAAUCUCAUGAACAAACUUGAUGCAUAACAAAGUGGCAAGAACUAAAUUUUUGCAUAGUACUGGUGAUACGAUACUAAAUAAUGGAGUACUUGCUGAAAUGGAUUUAGAAAGCUGCUGACACUUGACAUAAUGGAAAUCAGGCAGAGUGUUAUAAUUUUGCAAACAGCUAUUGUGGCAUUUUUUUCAUUUCACACCACCACAGACCGUUACAUUACCAUUAGAGCUAUCAUGCUUGUUCAGGAUGUAAAUGCCAGGGAAAACCUCAGUUUUGAGCCAUUUUUUUUGGUUUUGUCAUUGAUAGUCUCCUCCAACAAUUCUUCACAUUCACUUCUAAUUUUGUUUAGUAAUUUCACCAAGAUGAAUCUUUCACUCUUCAGAUUUCGCAUCUAAACUAGACAUCCUAGUGAUCAUUUUAAGAUCUUAUCCUAAUACCUCAACUUGCUUCCGCGUUUGAUUUUGCAAAUUAUUGGUAUGAACUUAGCUUAAAAGAUUACUUAGCAUCUUGUAUUGCUUUUGUGAUAAGUAUUUACUACAGUGUCCCCUUGUUAAAGUUAUUAAAAAUAUAUGUUUAUUACUUAAUUUUUUAAGUUGCUAAUAAUCUGUGAAUGUGACUGCCGUGACUGUUAUGUGAUGCCUGGGAUGCAAUGACUGAUUUAAACCAUGCAUCUCAAUCUUAUCCAAAGGACAAAUCUGCUUUGGAAGUUUACAUUGCAAUAGAUUCUCACCAGAUGAACAGUAACCGAAUUCUCAGAAUCAGUGCGUGAAAUGGGUGCUUGCCUUCUCGAGAAAACUGCAUCGAAUGAUGAUGAAGAAGGCCGUAGAGUCUUGCUGAUGCUGGGAAAAGUGCAAUUUGAACUCGAGAAACUUGUUGACUGCUAUCGAUCCCACAUCCACAAGACGAUCAUAAGCCCAUCAGAGUCUCUUCUGAAUGAGCUUCAAACAGUUCAUGAGAUGAAGCGACUUUGCGAUGAGAAAAGAGAUGUAUAUGAGUACAUGGUGAGACAGAAAGAAAAAGGGAGGGGAAGAAGUGGAAAGGGAGAGAGUGAAUCUAUGCAGCAAGUACAAGCAGCUCAUGAUGAAUAUGAUGAGGAGGCAACUUUAUUUGUUUUUCGUAUUAAAUCUCUGAAGCAAGGACAAUGUCGCAGUCUUCUAACACAGGCAGCUCGGCACCACGCUGCUCAGUUGUACUUUUUUAAGAAGGCUCUUAAAUCUCUUGAAGCUGUUGAGCCGCAUGUCAAAUUGGUCACAGAACAGCAGCAUAUAGAUUACCAAUUUAGUGGACUUGAUGAUGAUGGGAGAGAUGAUGUUGAUGAUGAUGAUGAAGAUUAUGAUGAUGCCAAUGAUGAUGGAGAAUUGAGCUUUGACUAUGGACAAAAUGACCAGGAACAAGAAGUUUCCACACCAAAAAAGUCGAUGGAGUUUGUGCAGUUGGAUUUGGCGGGUGUUACAUUUCCCCAAGUUGCGACGUUGGAGAUGGCAAAGGAAAAUCUAGAUAGAAGUUACAGGACAGCGUCUUCAUUUAAAGGAGAACUUCGGACAGGCACCCAAUCAGCUCCACUUUUUGCUGAAACUACAUCUGAUCCAGCUGGAAAAACAAAAAAACUGACGCCAUCAUCCACACGAAAGCUCAACACUUAUGUAUUGCCUACCCCAGCAGACCCUAAGAGUUCAAAUCCUACAGGAUCUGGUAGCUCGGUUUCUGGAACACUAAAGACAAGUUUGAGCAGACGCACGCCCAAUUUGUGGCAUUCAUCCCCUCUCGACCAAAAAAAAAUUGAGAAGUUAUUAGGAGUUGAAAUGUCUAACAAACCCACUAGUAAAAAUUCACAGUCAGUACUCAAGGAGAGCAACAACAACACGGCAUCCCCCCGAUUACCUCCUCCUCUAGCUGAUGGACACCUUUUUUCACGGCUUGAACCAUGGGCUGCUUUUGAUUCUAAGAAAACCAGAAGAUAUGCCUUUUCUGGUCCGAUUACAAGCGAGCCAUUGUCUACCAAGCCGAUCUCAGCAGAACAUCCCCAAUUAUUCUCUGGAUCCCUUCUUCGAUAUCCAGCGACUCAAUUAUUAUCACCUCCAAAAGUGUCUCCAAUAAGAUCACCAAAAGUAUCUCCUAGUGCUUCCCCUACUUUUGUGUCCCCGCCCAAAAUCAGUGAGUUACAUGAGCUUCCUAGACCCCCACUCAGUUCAACCUGCAAGUCUCCAAGGGCUGAAGGUUUGGUUGGUCAUUCAACCCCAUUGUUGCCCAAAGGUCGCAUGCAUCCUGGAACAAGAAAAACACCAGCGUCAAAUGUAGCAUCUCAACUGCCCACACCUUCUCAAGUUGUCGCUCGCAGUUUUUCAAUACCCUCUAGAAGUCGUAGAAUAAUGGUCGCUCAGAGUUCAGGGAUUGUUGAGGAUGUUGCCUCACCUCCUCUAACCCCGAUAUCUUUAUGUAACAACUACCCAUCAUCCACCAGUUCCCAUACUGUCAAUCAGACGGUUCAAAUCAGAGGUGCCGAUUGAUUCUAUAAUUUUGUAGCGAUAGCUUUGCAUCAGAUUCAGCAACCAAAAGCUGAGCUGAGAAGAUUCGCUCGUCAUUUGGUACAGGUGUAGAUCUGUAAAUAUAAUCCUUGUCUAUUGUUUUUAUAUAUGUUUGCAUGUUUAUCUUUGUUAAUCCAGUCCUUAUUCCUUACCGACGAGCACUUGGAAUGAACCAAUUAAGUGGUUGGCCAGAGUUUCAUCGGUGACAAAAUUUUGUUCUCCUUGGAUUUAAUAGGCAAAUUCCAUUUAUUUUC